GGGUUGCGCAUGCGCAGUGACACGUUGAGUAAGCGGCAGUGUUAGCUGACUAGCAUGUUGGUUUUUUUGUUCACUAUAUUUUAAAACAUGCCUUAAAAGUUAAAUGGUUCCCUGUUUUAGGUUCAGCGGGUAAAAAUCUGAAAUAUUAUUCGACAUUUAAUGACAGAAGUUUAGCAGAAAUAGAGCUGCUCACGCGGACAGAAUGAAUCAGUUUGAGAAUUUGAAAGAGGAAGAAGCAGAGGAGAAGAAGAAUGUGACCGACUCCGAAUCUGUGAAUAAUAACAAUAAUAAUCGGAGAAAGACAAUAACCCCAGCUCCAGGUGAGCACCCUCUGCAGUAUAACUACACAUUCUGGUACUCACGCCGGACCCCCAGCAGACCCGCAAACACACAGAGCUAUGAACAGAACAUUCGACAGAUCGGCACCGUUGCAUCGGUGGAACAGUUCUGGAAGUUCUACAGUCAUCUGGUUCGUCCUGGAGACCUGACGGGUCACAGCGACUUCCACUUAUUCAAAGAGGGAAUCAAACCUAUGUGGGAGGAUGAAGCUAAUAAGAAUGGAGGGAAGUGGAUUAUCCGUCUACGUAAGGGUUUGGCGUCGAGGUUUUGGGAGAACAUUAUCCUAGCGAUGCUGGGAGAGCAGUUCAUGGUGGGAGAGGAGGUGUGUGGCGUCGUCGUCUCCAUACGCUUUCAGGAAGACAUCUUGUCCAUCUGGAAUAAAACUGCAAAUGAUCAGGUGACGACGUCACGCAUCAGAGACACACUGCGCCGAGUCCUGAACCUCCCUCCUAACACCAUCAUGGAGUACAAAACACACAACGACAGCCUCAAGUAUGUACACGUACACACACACACAAAGUGUAUAUAUUUGUAUAUCUGAUCUAGGUGUUCUCUGUCUCAGGGAUAAUUCCAGCUUCCGCAACACAAAGAUCGCUGUGUGACAAGCGUGCACACACACACACGCACACACACGCACACGCACACAUCCACAUCCAUCAGGAAGAGGCUCCGCCCCUCGACAACAUUCCAUUCCUGUGGAUAUUUUUUUUUUCCCAUGUAAAAUCUAAUAAAUGUAUUUGCUUACA